AUUUGAAAAUAAGGACACAAUGGCCAGUGUCACGCCGUCAAGACAGGCUGUGCCGUCGCAUCCAAAGAGCCAAUUGUUACACGAUUCUUCUAGCAUUUCAAAUGGGCCAUCUAGUGUCUCUAAAACUUCAAAAUCAAAUGAAUCAUACUCCAAUGUGAAAGUGGUGCUACGACUUUUGCCUCCAACUUUGGACGAAAACGGUUUCUAUGACCAGUUGUCCGCUUUCUACGACGUCAACUCUCCUAAUAUUACAAGCAAAUAUUAUGUUAAGGGAAGCUAUCCUGCAAAACCUUUCGAAGCUCCUAUCUAUUCCCGAGCCUAUAUAACAUUCCAUACAUCUGAUGAUGUAGUAUUCUUCAUGCUGAGUGUCAAUGGCAAACCAUUUGUUGAGCCAGAAACUGAAGACAGCUUCACUCCGCUAGUUGAGAGAGCCAUAUUCAACAAGAUGCCAGCCAAAGAUGGUAAAGAGGAAUCGAUCACAGAAAAGUCUUCCGUAGAAGGCAGUGAGUUGUUCCAGGAAUUCGUGAAAUUUUUGAAUGGUGAAACCAAAGAGUACAAUAUAGUCCAGCUUGUGAAGUUAAACAAGCGAAGGGCCAGAGAAAAAUUAAAGAACGAGAGAAAGAAGGAAAAGAAAGCUGCCAAGGCUGCGGAAGCUAAGAUUGCCAAAUUAAAAGACAAGAAGGGCAAGAAUAAGAAAGAAAUAGUAGAAGAGAACAAAUCCAAGAAGGAGGUUAAGAGAGAUGUUUUGCCCAAAGAUGAUGAGUUAACAGAGGAGACUAAGAAGAAGAAAAGAAAGAGAAAAUCAAAAUCUAAGAGUCAAAAGGACAUUGAUCAGAAUACUCCUUCAAAGGCUACCGAUGAACAAAAUGAGUCUUCUGAAGCGAAGUUGAAGAAAUCUCCAACGGGUAAUGAAACAGAAAACAAGUCGAAAAACAAAAGAUCUCGAUCGAAAGAAAAGUCAAAAGAAAGAGAAACCACAGGUGAAAUACCGAAAGAUAAGAAGAAACUGAAAAAUGACAAAAGAACUAAAGAAGCACAAGUUCAAAAGGAAAAGGAAAAGGAGAAGAGUAGAUUCGAGCUGAACUCAAAAUCGGAAUCAACAGAAAAGUCACCUUCUUCAAAAAAUAGUGAACAAUCUGAUAUCUCAGAUAAACCCAAGAAAACACGCAAAAAGAAGAUUAAGGAAUUUAAUGAUAGAAUGAAAGACGAUACCAAGAAAGACGAUACCAAGAAAGAUGACCCUAAGGAUAUGAAGCAGAAAAAAUCUUCAUCUAAAAACACAAAACAGCAAGACAAACCCGAGCAAAAAACACCAGUUUCCAGUGGAGAUCUGGCGUCCAAGAAACCUAAGUUGAAGGUUUUGAAGAGACCGGAAGUCUAGCUGCAAAGUGAAUUUAUAAAUCACCAGAAUGUCCGGAAUGAAUGUGGAAUAAUACUAAAUUUAUUAUACUUAUAUUUGAUAGAAUUAGAUGAUAGCCUAAUGUGAAGCAU